CCAAUAUUUUCUUCAACAGUAAGUCCAUUUCCAGAGAGAGAAAAGAAAAGAAAAAUGCUCAUAGAUCAUCGAUUCAAUUCUCGAAAACCCUAAUCCCCAAAUCUCAAGGUAAACAUCUCAAUUUUCCUCUUGGAUCUGAAUUUUCUUGGAUUGAUUUGUAAUUUUGUUGAACCUAAUUUUGCCAUGGCGACGAAAACUGAGGAAGGAGAUGAGAAAUUAGUAGCAGUAGCACAAACGAUCUUGAAAAACUUAGGAACGACAGAGAAUAUAACCCAAGACAUGAUAUUCAUAUUGUCCAAAUUCGAUGAUCGAUUUUCCAAUGUAUUCGCUGAUAAUAGCAAUCACAAGAGUGAAAUUGAAGAGCAGCUUGAAAUCUCCGAGAAAGUGAUAUUAAAAUGGGAAGAAAUGAAUACGAAUACCAGGCAGAGAAACUGUUUAAGAUGGGAAGAUUCACAUGACGAAGCGAGUGAGUAUUUAAGAGCGGUAGAUGAUGUGAUUAGGUUAACGGAAGAAGAUUUGACUCCAUGUGACGGUGAAUUGAAAGAUCGUGCCGAGAGUUUGUUGCAGCAAGCGAUGGCGAGGUUGGAAGAUGAAUUUAGGCAUGUUUUGGCUAGGAAUACUGUUCCACUGGAUGGGGAUAGGUUGAGUAGUGUGUCGUUUUCUAGGAGGGUUUCUGUUUCUUUUGCUUCAAAUGAAGGGGAGAAUCAGGGUUCUGAGACGACGUCUGUUGAGGAUGGACAGGAGGGGUAUUGUGAGGAGAAGGAGGGAGUGGAUGGCGAUGAGGAGGAGGGUGAGGAAGAAGAAGUAGAAUACGGGGAUGGUUAUCUUGAUUUGAUUAAUCCGAAUGCUGUUUGUGAUCUGAGGGAGAUUGCGGAAAGGAUGAUUAGGUCUGGGUAUGAGAAAGAGUGGUGCCAGGUUUAUAGUAGUGUUCGCCGUGAUGUUUUAGAUGAAUGUUUAUCGAUUCUUGGUAUUGAGAAGUUAAGUAUUGAAGAAGUGCAGAAGAUUGAGUGGAGGUCAUUAGAUGAGAAAAUGAAGAAGUGGACACAUGCUGUGAAAAAUGUGAUUAGUGUUCUUUUGCCUAGUGAGAAACAGCUUAUUGUUGAAAUUUGCGGUGGGUCAGAAUUAAUCACUGAGGUUUGCUUUACUGAGACCACAAAGGGAUGUGUGAUGCAGUUGUUGAAUUUCGGUGAGGCGAUUAUAAUUGGACGGCGUGCAUCAGAGAAGCUCUUUCGUAUACUUGACAUGUAUGAUGCGCUGGCUGAUGUGAUGCCGGGUUUGCAAGCAUUAUAUCCUAAUGAUUCUGGUGAAUUUUUGUGCAAUGAAGCACGAGGAAUUCUGGAUGGACUUGGUGAGUCAGCAAGAGGAACACUAGCUGAAUUUGAGAAUGCUGUUCGGGGUGAGACGUCUAGGAAGGCAACCCAUGGUGGUGAAAUCCAUCCGCUGACACGUUAUGUGAUGAAUUACUUGAAGUUACUUGUUGAUUAUAGUGAUUCAUUGAAUAUGCUCUUAAAAAGUGGCACAGAAGAUUCGGAUCAUUCGGGAAGUAAUAAUUAUUUGAAGACGGAUGACUUGUCUCCAAUGGGCCAUUGUUUGCUGUCGUUGAUCUCAUCUCUUGAGUCGAAUCUUCAAGAGAAAUCAAAGUUCUACGAGGAAGGUGGGAUACAAUAUAUAUUUUUGAUGAAUAACAUCCUUUACAUUGUUCAGAAAGUUAAAGAUUCCGAGCUCGGGAAGCUUUUGGGUGAUCACUGGGUUCGCAAACGCCGAGGUCAAGUUCGUCAAUAUGCAACUAGUUAUCUGAGAGCUUCUUGGAGCAAGGCCUUGUCUUUUAUGAAGGAUGAAGGAAUCGGUGGUGGUGGGAGCUCAAGCAGUGUAUCAAAAGUCGUUCUUAAGGAACGGUUUAAGAAUUUUAAUUUAUGCUUUGAAGAUAUUUAUAGGAAUCAAUCAGCUUGGAAGGUCACAGAUCCUCAACUUCGUGAAGAGCUACGGUUAUCUAUCUCGGAGAAAGUUCUUCCAGCAUACCGUUCAUUUAUGGGGAGAUUUAGGGGCCAUCUUGAGCGCGGGCGUCAUUCCGGGAAGUACAUAAAAUACACUCCGGAGGAUUUAGAGAAUUAUCUUUUAGAUUUGUUUGAAGGAAUGCCACGAAUUCUGCAAAAUCCAAGGAGAACACUAAGUUCUUAGGACAAUGAAGACAUGGGAAGGUAAGCCCUUUGCUCCCAUCAGGGUGUUGUUACUUCAGAUCACUUGUGGAAUUAUAUCAUGGCGAUCUGAUAUUUACUCUCUUUUAUUUCCUCGUCUGAAUUGAACAUUAUGAUGAAAAGAUUCUCAGAAGUCUUAUGUAUGACCCCUAUAUAACUCUAUAUAUACUGUUGGGGUUAUGCAUGACUUUGUAAAUCAUAUUGAGGGUGGCAUCUUGUCAGGAUUUAUGACUGUUUUGUUGUGAUUCCAGCCAUAAUUACAGUAGCUCUGUGCCAUAGGAUUGUAAAAUAUGAGUGUGCUCUGAAAAAUGUUUCGGCUGUUUUUAGUCACAUAAUGCAGUUACUUUUUUGUUACCUCA